CUUUCGGGAACGAUUGGGGACAUAGAUGAUUGAUGAUUGGCCGGGAUUCAAGUAUCAAUUAGUGGUGAUGGCGGCCCGCAGCAGCAAUGAUUGAAUUCUUUAAAUACUGUCGCGCACUCAAACUUCAAGGCUUAUUCCUCUUGCUCAACUCUUACUUUCAAUAUCUCUCGCGUAACAAUGGCUUCUGGAUCUGAUGUCAAGGUCGAAUUUGACCCCAAGAACAUGCCUUUCCGCAGGCUUGGUCCUAGUGGUCUCCGAGUCCCUGUCUUCUCGCUUGGUGGAUGGCUUACUCUUGGUGGAAGUGUGAUCGGUGACCCAGUGAAGGAUAUAAUGAAAGCCGCAUUCGACAAUGGUAUUAACAUGUUCGAUACCGCGGAGGCUUACGCAAAAGGCAGGUCCGAGGUGGAAAUGGGUCGUGUAAUUAAGGAGCUCGGCCUCCGCCGGACAGAUCUUAUCAUCACUACCAAACUAUUCUGGGGUCUGCGCGCCGGUCCUAAUGAUGGAGGUCUCUCGAGGAAACAUAUUAUUGAAGGAACUAAGGAGUGUCUCGAGCGUCUUGGUCUUGACUACGUCGAUGUUAUCUUUGCGCACCGCCCAGAUGCAUCAGUCCCCAUGGAAGAGAUAGUGCGCGCAUUCAACUGGGUGAUUGAGAAGGGCUGGGCAUUCUACUGGGCAACGUCCGAAUGGUCCGCAUACGAUAUUGAGGAGGCGCAGCACAUCGCGACGAAGCUUGGACUUCAUGGACCUAUCGCCGAGCAAUGUCAACACAACAUGUUCCAUCGUGAGCGCCCUGAGAAGGAAUACCGCCCUUUGUAUAAGAAAUACCAGCUGGGCACAACCGUCUUCUCCGCUCUUGCUAGUGGUCUUCUUACUGGAAAGUACAACGCCGGUAUCCCAGAGGGGACCCGUUUCUCGACGCACUCCAACUUUUUCAAGGGCACGGUGGACAGUUUGCAAAAGGAGGAGGGUCUCACAAAGAUCCGCAAGGUCAAUGAGUUGAGCGUACUCGCAGAACAAGAGCUUGGUUGCACCAUCACGCACCUGGCACUUGCGUGGAUCGCAAAGAACCCGAAUACAAGCACUGUCAUCCUCGGAGCCUCGAAGCCUGAGCAAGUCCUUGAUAACUUAAAGGCUCUCGACGUCAUUCCCAAACUCACCCCUGAGAUAAUGGACAAGAUUGAAGCAAUUCUGGAGAAUCAGCCGGCUGCCCCGCCAACAUUUGGCCGCCCGGCACUGGAUAUUAACGGCCGUCUGUGAAAAGAAAGGAUUGAUGGAAUCUACCUCAUGGUCAGAAAAUAAAUUCCCAGUGUCAAUAGUGUCGAGGUGUUAUAUAAGUCCCGUGACUGAUCCAUGUGAACAUUAAAAUUUCGUUUUGCCAUGAGGUGGGGGAACACGGAGCCCGCGAUUCGACAGAUGAGUCUUAUGACCUUCCGAGAGUAAGUAUUCAUGACAUCGUGAUGAAGGUAUUGGCUGUGAAGCAUGAGUAAGAACUCACACUCACACGUAUCAGCUGUACAUGGUCUACCAGCAAGACUCGGCUUGAAUCGCUCUUGAUUCCAGUUGGUUUAUCGCACGCCGGAAACUUUCGCUUUGUGCUUGAAAUGGGGUCUGAUGAAGUACGAGAGAUGAAGAAAGUCGAUGUUGAAG